CUCUUUUUCUUUUCUUCAUUAUCAUCUUACAAGAGAAUCAUACAAGCAUAAACAGCUUCACUUCACUUCACACGCAUAUCAAACUAAACACAUCCAACCCACUUCCCCAAACUCAAGCACACAAACAAACCCUCAAAAUGUCCGACAACAACACCUCCACCAUCCAGUCCUACAUCGAUUCCGCAACCGGCACCGUCCAAUCCGCCCUCGGCUCCCUCACCGGCUCCACCGCCGACACCAACGCCGGCGCCGCCAAGCGCGACAAAGCGACCCUCGAAGACGCCGCCAGCCACGCGACCUUCAAAGGUCCCGGCUUCACCGCGACCGCCGACGGAAUCUCCAAGGACGACCCCAACCGCCAGAAGGGCAGCUGGAACCAGACCAUUGGCGCGGGCAAGGAGGCGCUCGGCGGACUAGUGGGGUCCGAGGAUCUUAAGCGCGCGGGGCAGCAGCAGAAUCUGCAGGGGAAGGGACAGGAGGCGCAGGGGCAGUUGAAUGAUCUUGGAGGGGGGAUUGCGGGGAGAGUGUCUGGGGCGGUUGGGGGGGCUGUUGCCGGGUUGACGGGGGAUAGGGAGGCGCAGGUGGAGGCGCAGAAGAGGCAUGAUGAGGGGAAGGCGCAGCAGAGGGGGGCGGAACAUGAUAUUCAGAAGCAGAACCAGUAAUACCAGAUGGAAGGUAGGGAAAUUUAUCAUGACUUGUUAAGUACCCAUUUUUGAGAAGAUUUUUUAUGAUUCAGCUUCUGCAAAAGGUGAAAAAUCAAGUAAUGUUUAAUUUUUCGCAAAACCUGUGUGAAAAAAAACCCCCCAUUUUAUAACAUGGUUGAAACAUAAUUUAAUGAGAG